GGCGAAACCUACCCCUCCAGACCCCACCCCCUUCCACGGCGGGCGGCGGUGCGGCCGUGGCUGCGUCAGCAGAAGGGCUCUGCUCCUUGAAGGAAGCGCGACGCGGUCGCGCCGUGGGAAGGCCCCCUAAGGAAUACGUCAAUCGCUUGGGCACAGGAACCGGGCAAACGUGGGAAUUGGAUUUCAAAAAAAGGAUUUUCGAUUUUUUUUUUAAAUUUAUUGCCAACUUUCAGUACCUAAUUUACUUACGCCAUCGCAUUCAGAAGUGCAGGAUUCAACCCAGAUUAUAAUAAAGACGUGUGUUAAGAUCGAAGUUCGUACGAAAAAUGCCGUGUGUGUGCUUUAGAAUUGCGAUGUCGUUGACACGCGGGUUACACAACCAGAUAUUUCACGACUUCAAAACAUUGCCACGUGUGUAGGUGAAACGCGAGGUAGUGUAGAAAUAUAAUACUAUAAGUGGUAGUUAGCUCUGUCGCGGUAUAGCUGUGGCACUGGUUGGUUGAAAAGGCUGAGGUAAGUUCCUUCAUUCACUGCGUGCCGAUUAGCUAAAGGUCUUCAAGAGGAUCUAAAAGAAACUUUAAAUUAAAUUUUACGAGGGAUGUAUAAGUUGCAUAAAAGUGAAUAUCAUUCAGAGGAUUACUGUGGGAAAUUGCAACAAAAAUUUGUAAAUUGGACUUUUCGAGCUUACUGAUUACGGAUAUGAUAUCAAAUAUGCAAAAUUGCAAUAUGGCGAAUGACGUAGUCAAAGGUGGUAUAACUACAGUGUAGCUGUAAGAUCUUUGCGAACAGUUUAGUAGGAAGAGUUUGUAGGAAGAAUAAAUGAGUUUACUGUAAAUUCCAAGAUAUACCGGAAAUGCAUUUGACGCACUCUGUCGGAUGUUUUUCUCUCGGUAUAUAAGAGAAAACUGAAUCCAUUUGGACCCACUUAGCUUGCGUACGAAGUGAAUAAUGUCGCAUCGAAAGUUCAGUGCGCCACGUCAUGGCUCUAUGGGAUUCUAUCCCAAAAAGCGGGCGAAGAGGCAUCGUGGUAAGGUGAAGGCCUUUCCCAAGGAUGAUCCCCAAAAACCUGUCCAUCUCACUGCGUUCGUUGCUUACAAAGCUGGAAUGACGCACGUGGUCAGAGAAGCAGAUAGACCUGGAUCCAAGGUUAACAAAAAGGAAAUUGUGGAAGCCGUGACAAUUUUGGAAGCACCCCCAAUAAUGGUGGUAGGUGUAGUUGGCUACAUUGAAACUCCUCAUGGUUUACGUUCGCUGCGUACCAUAUGGGCAGAGCAUCUAUCUGAAGACUGUAGAAGACGUUUCUAUAAAAACUGGUACAAAUCCAAAAAGAAGGCCUUUACUAAGGCUGCUAAGAAAUGGCAAGAUGACCUUGGCCGUAAAUCGAUUGAAAGUGCUUUCUCAACUUUAGAACGUUACUGCAAAGUUAUCAGAGUGAUUGCACACACUCAGAUGAAACUUCUUCCUCAUCGUCAGAAGAAAGCUCAUAUUAUUGAAAUUCAACUCAAUGGUGGGACUAUUGCUGACAAAGUAAAAUGGGCUAGGGAGCACCUUGAGAAGCCUAUACCUGUGUCCCAGGUUUUCGCUCCAGAUGAAAUGAUUGAUGUAAUUGGUGUGACAAAGGGCAAAGGAUAUAAAGGCGUCACCUCACGUUGGCACACGAAGAAGUUGCCUCGCAAGACCCACAAGGGUUUGCGUAAAGUUGCUUGUAUUGGAGCUUGGCAUCCUAGUAGAGUUUCAUUCACGGUUGCAAGAGCUGGUCAGAAAGGUUACCAUCAUCGCACAGAAAUGAACAAGAAAAUAUAUCGUAUUGGACAGGGUAUCCAUGCCAAAGAUGGAAAGCUUGUUAAGAACAAUGCAUCCACAGAUUACGAUCUGACCGAGAAGACAAUCACUCCUAUGGGUGGAUUCCCUCAUUAUGGGCAAGUUAAUAAUGACUUCAUUAUGAUUAAAGGAUGUUGCAUGGGACCUAAAAAGAGGGUUAUUACAUUAAGGAAGUCUCUCCUUGUCCAUACAAAGAGGAAAGCGUUAGAGAAGAUAAAUUUGAAAUUUAUUGAUACGUCUUCCAAAUUUGGCCAUGGAAGAUUCCAAACUGCUGCUGACAAGGCUGCUUUUAUGGGACCAUUAAAGAAGGAUCGAUUAAAGGAGGAGGCUGCUGCCAAUGCAUAAGCUGUAACAUUGAAUUGUUGGCUGAAAUGGAUCAAGAGUAAAAUAAAGGACUUGAAAUGACUUGUUGUAAUUUUUUUUUGGAAAUCCUAGAAAGAGUUCCAAUUUACCCCAUAGAAUAUCUCCAGAACAGAGUAUGCCUGAUGUAAGGGUAUUGACCCUUCUUUGAACUCGCUGUGUUCAAUAGUUGUUCGAGUUUUCUUGAUACUCAACUGACCUGCGACUCCCGAAUAUGCAGAAAAUCUGCAUAUUCGGUAAACAAGGUGUAAUUCUGCUAAAAAAUGUAUCUCCAGAUUUUGAUGAAAAUUACUCGUGGGCUUGUCAGCAUCAUUUCUGAACAUGGGAAAUCUGAUGUUCAAAAUUGGAAGAAACUCUGUUUGGAAAGGUUUCGAAAUUGGGGUGGCUACUAAGAUUGCUUUUUAGGUAUGAAAGAAAACAUUUGGUACACUUUUAUUUCAACCAAUCGCAUACUGACCAUUGUUUAUUUACAACCUUUUGUCAUUGUUGGACACAAGGACUACCAGGUCUGCUGAAUGACAUCAGGCAUUGCUUCUCAGCGAGACUGGUGGCUGAGUGGCUGUUGUGCUAUUGCACGACACUUGUACUAUUAGUAAACUGGACUUUUCCUGCAUAAUGCCUUGUUCGACUUGGUUCACUGCAAACAUACAGGUGAAUCAAAGAUACUUCUAGCUGGUAACAUGUAAUUCCACCACAUGGAGUAGUUUUCUUCAAAAUCGAUCCCAUCUUGGUCUUGCAUACAGCUAAUUUUCUUUUUCCACUAUAUGAUCUUUGACCUAAUAAGUUAUCGUUGCCAAUGAAAAAGUGAUUGCCGUGUCACCAUUCAUGUCAAAGAACUUUUUUUUCCAGCUAAGGCCAUUUUAAAAUGAAGCAAUAGAAUUUAUCAAUGACCUUCAAAAUGUGCUGCAUAGUUGCUAGUAGCCCUGAGGUGGGGAGGGAGAAAUGGCAGGAUCCUACGUGGAAAAGAAAAACAAAGCAAGCUUCUUUGCCAGUCCAGUAUUUUCAAAAUAAGAUUGUAAAUGGUAAAAUAUUAGAGCAACACUUGCAAUAAUAUGCUUUGUUUAUGUUGAAAGUGUUGCUAUGAGCUGCAGUGAAACCCUAAUUUAUGCCAUUUAAGCCAUUACAUAAAAAAACGCAUAAGACAUGGUGUAAUUAUGACUACUAAACAGGUGAAACCCUUUCCAUAAUUUUUCGUUCUGCUACUUUCAUCUGUUUGUUGUAUGGUAACUUGAGUGUUUAGACAAUUGUUACAAUCUUAAAUGGAAUCUUUCUGUUCAUCUUAUCAAAAACACUUAUACCCAUGCCCCUAUACAGUUCACCCAUGUAUAUGCUGGUGGGUUGGACCUACAUUUUUUAAUUCUAAAAUUUA